AUGUGGUAUGUGUCAACCAAGCGGAUGCAUUGCAGCAAGAACGAGGUAUCUACGGGAUUGGCGGGUUCUUGGCUGUGUCGCGCGAGCUGCGCAUCCUGUGGAGCCCGCCUUACUUAUCGCGCUUAUGGUGCGUGUUUGAAAUUGCGGCAUUUCGCAGGGCAAAUCCCGCGGGAAAGCUGGUCAUUCAGCCGUUGUUUGUUGAGCGUGAUGCUUUGGCGAAUUGGCUGGGAACCUUCCUGUUUUCAAGCAUGUUUUUUUUCGGUCUUCAUCUCUGGAGCUACUCGCGCCGUCCGCUUCCCCUUCCUCGUCUUUGGUGCAGUGUGUGCCCUUGGAUUUCUGCCUGCAGCUCACUAUGUCAGGAAAAGUUUCCGGGAACAGGAAGAGAUGUUCAGGAGCCUUUCAGAGUUUGAUGUCAGUGAGCUGUCUUGCUUCAGCGACUUCGACAAGCGCUUCAUUCUGUCGGCCGUUAUCCAGUGGUACGGAAGCCUGGAAGACUUCAGCUUGUUGGUACGAGGCCCUCUAAAGGAGGAACUCCUGCACGCACUGCAACAGAGCCGCUGGCCGCUCGGCUACUGCGUCCUUUCCAUUACCCCGUUCCUGAGCGUUCAGCUAGAAUGGCUCGCUGGAUUGCUGUCAGCUGGGGCACACUUUGAUGCUUGGGGUCGGAUCUUCUUUGGACAGAUCCUAGCAACGAACAUGCUGGUAGUGUGUGAAAGUCAAGCUUUUUUCUGGCUGGCAAGACGCCUUUCGCAGCCGCGCUUUGCCCACCCAGUCCUUGACUUCGGACAGACGGUGCUGGUGGUCGCACUGUUUGUUUGCACGCUGCUCCCCCUUGUGGUCGUAUUCCGGGCAUACCAGACCAGCCUGGUCGGUGGAAUCUUGGGAGCCCUAGUCGCCGCUGUCAUCUUGUGGGUGACGGUGCUCCGAGGGCAUCCGGGCCUCAGAUGCCGUGUGCAUGAAGUCUGA